GGAGUCAUGAGGUCAUGGUAAGGGGGCGGUGUCAGCGGCAGUCUUUGCCUCAAAAGUUCAGCGUUCACAGCCCACUCCACCCUAAACAUCCCCGGCAACACAACAAAUCCCUGCAGCAUCUUAACAUCUACAGCUAAGAAAAAAAUCAACAUGGCUAUGGUUUCAGAGUUCCUGGGACAGCUGUCUCUCAAUGUUGCGCAUGAACCCCUGCACCCCACUGUGGUACCCGCUAGGGACUUUGACCCCGACAGAGAUGCUGCCAGAAUCGAGACUGCAAUCAAAACCAAAGGAGUGGAUGAGCAGACGAUCAUUGAUGUCCUAACAAAGAGAACGUACUCUCAAAGGAGAGAAAUUGCUUUUGCUUAUGAAAAACGGACAAAAAAGGACAUGAUCACAGCUCUGAAAGCAGCAUUGUCCGGCUCACUGGAAACUGUCAUCCUUGGACUGAUGAAGAGCACGUCCCAGUAUGACGCCUCAUUGAUCCGGGGUUCGAUUAAGGGUUUAGGAACAGAUGAGGAAACUCUGAUUGAGGUCCUGUGCUCCCGCAGCAAAGACGAGCUGGUGGAAAUCAAGGAGGUCUACAAAGAGUUAUUCAAGAAAGACUUGGCGAAAGAUGUGGCAGGUGACACCUCUGGAAACUUUGCUAAGCUGCUUUUGGCUCUUGUGGAGACCAAGAGAGACGACCCCAGUGCUGUAGUAGACUAUGAAAAGAUAGAUGCAGAUGCCAGAGCUCUUUAUGAUGCUGGAGUGAAGAUAAAAGGAACCGAUGUGAACACCUGGAUCUCCAUUAUGUCCCAGAGGAGUGUCCCCCACCUCCGGAAAGUAUUUGACAAGUACAAGAGUUACAGCCCCUAUGACAUGCAAGAGAGUAUUAUGAAGGAAGUUAAAGGGGACCUGCAGAAGUCCUUCCUCGUGCUAGUUCAGUGCUUUGAGAACAAGCCUCUUUACUUUGCUAAUAAGCUGAAUGAAGCCAUGAAGAGUAAAGGAGCCAAAGAGAAGGUUGUGACCAGGAUUAUCGUGUCGCGCUGCGAGGUGGACCUGAAAAAGAUCUGCUCUGAAUACAAGGACGCCUUCGGGCAGUCCCUCCAGCAGACGAUCACUGAACACACCAAAGGAGACUACCAGAAGGCGCUGCUUGGCCUCUGCGGACCAGAGCAGUAAAAAAAUAAAUAUCUGUCGAUAUCCUAUGGGUUUUCCCAAGCCUCUUUGUACUGGACAUAUGGGCCUACAGCUGUGCAUUACUGCACAAACUUAGAACUGCAACACUGAAGAAGGAAUAAAUAUGUUCUAAGUACUUAUAAAUUUGUUAUUUAUAACUUUUAUAACAGAACAUUAAAAAAAAGUUUCUUUUCUGUGUUAA